ACGACAAACGGCCGACCCCCAAAGCAGGCGAUAAUUUUUCAGAAUAAAAAAAAAAGAGUGAAUAACAAAGUGAAAUUUUGUUUUCGUUUAAAAAAUAAAGAUAAUUAUUCUCAAAUUAUACUAAAAUUAAAUUUCAUCAUAAUUAUAAUAAUCUUGUGCACUAAUCAACAAGGUCAAAGUUUUUUUCCAGUGUGUUUCUAAACGAAACAUCACGAGAAAAAAAAGUUCAUCAACAUUUUUUCUGAAAAACACGACUGACAAAAAGACACACAAAAAAAUGAGUGAAAAUGGUGAAAAUUUCCGAAGUGCUAUUCUAAAUGAGCCCAUAAUUACAAGUGGCACUGGUGUCACUACUUCGGGAGGUGUUAUGCGCACUCCUUUUGGAAACGUCAGAGCUCUGGGACCCCAGUUGCCUCCAUCAAUUCCACCUCCACCCAUGAGACCUUCCUAUGGUGGACAAACAGGAGGUUAUUUACAACAGAACUCAUUCGGUUAUAUGAGUAAUCCCUUUAUGGCAAGUGGGGGAGGCUAUGGAGGGUAUGGUGGAGGGUUUAAUGCUUUUGGGGGAGGGGGUUAUGGAGGGGCUACUGGUUUUGGGGGUUACAAUGGUGCAUAUGGAAGAUUUGGAAUGAAUUCUGCUGAUCCCGAGCAGAGAUUCAUUCAAUUAGCUGAAAACAGUUCUCGACCGGCCUUCCAGAGUAUAGAAUCUCUGGUUUCGGCAAUUGGCAACAUUGCUCAAAUGUUGGAUUCAACAUUCUUUGCUUUAACUAGCUCAUUUCGAGCGAUCUUAGGGGUGGCAGCAAACUUUGGUCGAUUGAGAACAGUGUUUGCUCAGUUUUGGCAAACAUUUGCUAUAUUUCGGGGUUUAAAUUGGAUUUACAGGAAAAUACUUUAUUGGUUGAGAAUAUCAAAUCUUGACCCCUCUUCGAUGGCCUUCAAGGAAGCAUUUGCUGCCGCUAUGAAACAAUCGUCGACAGCAAAACCAGGGCCAGCUUUACCUAAUAGAGGAGCAUCACCUUGGCCAGUAUUAGCAUUCAUAAGUUUUAUAUUUACGGCGCCAUAUCUGAUUAUGAAGUUGAUAGGGACCGUUUCAGAGACUGCUCUCGAAGAAACUCGCAAUCCCGAAAAAUGGGUAAACCCCAUUGAAGCCACUGCUUCAUAUGAUUUCGAAGCGAGAAAUCCAUCAGAAUUGUCAUUCCAAGCAGGACAACGUAUUGUAGUAGCACCCAAAGAAAUACAAAAUACUCAUCACCUCUUGAGCACCGGCUGGGGUCUGGCUACAAUAGAUGGCCAAUCAUCUGGUCUAAUUCCAAUCAACUACCUUAAAACACCAUCACAGAUGCGGCAGCCUAUACCUUCAACAAUACCCACAGACAACAGUAUUCCUUCAGCUAUACUGGAUCCACAUCCUCAAUUACCGGGACUAGGAGUUAAUGAUUUUGCGAUAGCUCCCCAAAUGAUUAGUGGGGUGAUUGCUAAUCCAUCUCUGACUGAUCAAGAAAUUACUCCCCUCGUAAACUAGAUUUCCAUUUAAAUUUAGCAUUGGAAAAUCAAAACUUUUUUAUUUGUUUUUUAAUUUAAUUUGGUGUAAUGUUCAAAAGGUGGAAGACAAAUGUGUCGGUUUUUGUGCAUUCAUUAUUUUUCAUGUUUAUUUUUAACGAAUUUCUUAUUUAAGAUUGGUAUUUUUGUCGUUUACAUUUACAAAACAAAAACAAACAAAAAAAAAAAUCACAAAAAUCGAAAAUUCUAAAUUAAAAAAAAUAUAUACAGGGUGUCCCACAGUCACCGCCCCAAAUAAAAACCAUGGAUUCCUGAGGUCAUUUUAAGUCGAAAAACUUAAGAGGUAAUUUUCUCGUUUUCGUCCCGUUUUCGAGUUACCAAGGUUUUUAUGAUUUUUGCUCUCUUGUCCUUUAACUGGCCUUAUCUUUGCCAAACUACGUUUGAUUUGAAAGAUUUUUUUUACGACCAAUCAAGAAUUUAUUACAGUUUUAGUUUGUCUCAAAACUUUUUUUCCUGCGGACAACCGUUUCUCCACAAUUUUGCAUCAAACACAAUUUUCUUCGUUUUUUAAGUUGUUUUUUACACUUUCAUAUCAUUUAAGUC